GAUUGUCUGCGCCCUGCCUGUUGAAUACAACGCGAUAUGCCUCCUCUUUGAUCAGUUCUGGGACGAGAAUGGGGAUGAGUACGGGCGAGCCACAGGCGAUCAUAAUCAAUACACGACCGGCUGCAUCGGAAAGCAAGACAUUGUCGUAGCUCUGCUGCCAUACAUGGGAAAGGCUCAGGCCGCAAGAGCCGCUACAAAUCUCCGCACAAGCUAUAACGCGCUUGAGCUUGUGCUGCUGGUCGGCAUCUGCGGCGUGGUUCCACAUGUCGCAGGUCGCGAUAUCUUGCUCGGCGACGUGGUCAUCAGCAAAUCUGUCGUCCAGUAUGGUCUCGGUCGUCAAUAUCCGGAUACCUUCGUGCGCAAAGAUACGGCGGAUACAAACCUCAAUCAGCCGACGAGAGAUAUCCGCAGUCUUCUACUGCUGCUCGAGACCGACAGGGGGAUGGAUCUCUUGGAAGGACAGACGGCAGGGUACCUUCAAGAGCUCCAAGCCAAAGCUGCCAAGAGCAGGAGGCUCCCGAAGGACAGGUACCGAUACCCAGGCUCCGACCGAGAUCGCCUCUUCGAGCCAGCGUACAGGCAUCGACACAGAACGGCCAUGUCUUGCAUCUGUCGUGACUGCGGCAGUGACUCCGAGCCGGUAUGCGAGGAGGCCAUGCGUCUCACGUGCGAGACCCUCGGCUGCGAGACAUCCCAUCUCGUGCGACGGGCGGGGAUAGAGGAGAUGAGAAAUCUUGAAACGCAAGGCGGCCCGUCUGGGCAGAAUCCGUCCCUCGUUGUGGGGAGUGUCGCUUCCGGAGACACCGUGAUGAAGUCAGCCGCUCACCGAGACAGGAUUGCGGCAGGCGAAGACGUCGUCGCCUUUGAGAUGGAAGGGGCGGGUCUGUGGGAGGAGGUGCCCUGUGUUAUAGUGAAGGGCGCCUGUGACUACGCGGAUUGUCACAAGAGCAAGGAAUGGCAACCCUUUGCGGCAGCGACGGCUGCCGCUGCGGCGAAGGCGGUCCUCAAUCGAUUCACAGCGACAGACAGGAGAGAUACGUCGCCUGUCCAGGCAGGUCCUGGUCAUGGUUCGGUAGAUUGCUUGGAGCGGUCGCUGGUGGAAGAUGGGCGCUGGAUUAGCCGCAAUCAUGUGCAGAGUAUCGAUGGCGACGGUUCUGCGAGGAUCCGAGUAGGGAAUGACUGGGAGAAGGAUGCUUUCGUUGGAGGAGGCAGCGAAAAUCGUGCGGGGUCGAUCAAGGCCGGCGGUCGGUCAGUCGUCCACAUUGGCAACCGCUAUGGCGGGCAGGGACAGAGUUAG